AUGGAAGCCUUUCACUUUGCUACCACGACCGACCUCUCUGAGCUUUCGGUGCACGUAAAGAUUGACCGACUAGAUGGCCACCAAAAGCCGAUUCCCUACUCAGUACUGCUCAAGAGGCCGGACUUGAGACAUCGGGCGUCAAAUACCAACCCCCAUUCUGAGCUGUACGUCACUGCCCAAAUCUGGGCAGACAGCAAGCCUCUCACCGUUGAGGUCCAAACCGCAUACAAAUCAUUCAAGAAUGCGCGAAUAUGGGGCGAGUGGCUACCGCUACCCAUUACGUACGCGAGCCUUCCCGUAUCCGCCCAGGUCGCCAUAACCGUGUGGGACCUUUCACCAGCUGAAGACAAGGACUCAGAUCGGCACGCGAUUCCUUUUGGAGGAACCACCAUACCCUUGUUCGAUAAAGACAAUACCCUGCAGAAAGGUCGCCAGCGUUGUAGGAUACAUCGCUUCAAGGCUGCGGAUGGCCUUUCCAACACCACCACCCGGUGGGUAAUACCACCAGAGCGUAAGGGUAGGAACGAUGCGCCGCAGGAGCACGCUGUCGACGAGCAGAUUACCGAGAUGCAAAGGCUCGAGGAGUUGUUGAAGAAGCAGGAAAUGGGCGACAUCCCGGAGAAUCCCUGGCUCGAUAAAUUGGUCUUCCGCAAGAUGGAGAAGAUAAAGGACAAAGCCAUCGAAGCAGAGCAUACGGCCAUGAACCGCCGCAAGUCACAGUCAAACGGAAUUAACGGUCAUGUUGGACACGACGCUGAGGAUGACAUAUUUUACCUAGAUAUCGAGCUCCCGCGAUUCGACCAUUCCAUCGUCUUCACUGAUAUGGAGUAUCUCCCUCCACCAGUUUCCGAUAUCAAAUUACUUUCCGAUUCUGAGAUACGCCUGCGGCCACCACCAGAAGUGUCCUUCGGCCCUGGAAUUGGCACGGAUGACGCAGAAGCCGGUCGUCUCAUUCGCAUCUAUGACCCUGAGAUCGGGCGUAGGGCCAAUCCUGCAGAAGACAAGCAUCGCGAGCUAAUGCGCAGCCAACAGACCGACUCCCUAGAUCGCGACAGGAAGCCGAACGUUCAUGUCCGCGACAAGCUGUUCGCGCUACUCAACAGGGGUCCGCUCGACGAGAUCACCACACAGGAACGCGACGAAAUUUGGAAGUUCCGCUACUUUUUGUCUUCACGGAAACGCGCGUUGACCAAGUUCGUGAAAUGCGUAAACUGGCACAACGAGCGCGAGGCACGACAGGCUGCUCCGAUGUUGGACAAGUGGGCGGAAAUCGACGUCGACGACGCUUUGGAGUUGCUGGGCCCGCAAUUCGAUCACCCGGUUGUGCGUAGCUAUGCAGUCGAACGUCUCAAGAAGGCCGACGACGACGAGCUGCAACUCUAUCUCCUACAGCUGGUGCAAGCUCUCAAGUACGAGGCCUCCGGCGAUCGUGACGACUCCUCGCUAGCUCGCUUCCUUGUUACUCGCGCAGCCAACAGCCUCGCGUUGGGCAACUUCCUGUUCUGGUAUUUAGUAGUUGAAGUUAGUGACAGCAGCAGUGACCAAGCGCCGGAGCAUCGCGAGUUGUUCGCAAAGGUAGAGUACGAUUUUAUGACCGAGCUCGAGAAAACGCCUGAAGGCAAAGAGAUUCGCAGGACGUUCCGCCGACAAGUUGAACUUCUCACCGUACUUGCACAGCUAUCAAAAGAAGUGCGCUAUGGAGGCGGCGACCGCCUUGCCAAGAUCGCGCGUCUCAAGAAAGCACUUGCAGACCCCAAGAACGAUCUGACUAACUUCGACCCGCUUCCCCUCCCGCUCGAUCCAUCGGUGAUGAUCAACGGUGUCUACCCCGAGGAUUGCAACGUCCUGAAGUCGUCUCUUCUACCGAUGGUGCUCAACUUCAGGACCAUGGCCAACACGAAAUACCCGAUCAUCUUCAAAACGGGAGAUGAUCUCCGACAGGAUCAGCUCGUGAUCCAGAUCAUUACUUUGAUGGACCAACUGUUGAAGAAAGAGAAUCUAGACCUGAAACUCACACCCUACCGAAUCCUCGCGACCUCCGCCUUCACUGGUGCCUUCCAAUUCAUACCAUCAAUGUCCCUCGCCGCCGCCCUUCAAAAGCACAAAGGCAGUUUGCUCGCCUAUCUGCGGGCUAAUAACCCAGACGACACCGCGCUCUUGGGUGUCCGCAAAGAAGCAAUGGACACCUAUAUCAAAUCCUGUGCCGGAUACAGCGUGAUAACCUACCUCCUCGGCGUCGGCGACCGCCACCUUGACAACCUCCUCAUCUCUCCCUCCGGCGCCUUUUUCCACGUCGACUUCGGAUACAUACUCGGCCGUGACCCUAAGCCGUACGCUCCCCAGAUGAAGAUUGCGCCGCAGAUGAUCGAGGGCAUGGGCGGGCCUGAGCAUCCCAAUUAUAUGGCUUUCAAGGAGUAUUGCUUCACAGCGUGGUCUACGCUAAGGAAGUCGAGCAAUCUUAUCUUGAAUCUGUUUGCACUAAUGAAGGAGGCUAACAUUCCGGAUAUCAAGGUGGAACGUGAGGGCAGUGUGAGGAAGGUCGAGCAGAGGAUGUGGUUGGGGAAGAGUGAGGGCGAUGCGGGGAGAGAGUUCGAGAAGCUUAUUGAGGAAAGCGUGAAUGAUCGGAUGGCGGGGGUUAUUGAUGCUGCGCAUGAUUGGAUGCAGUGGCUCAAGAAGUAG